CACCCUCUUCUCCCCAUCUCCCCUCCGCCUACCUCCCAAAUCCCAACUCUCGCUCGAUGCAGAUGCUCGCACCGACCGACUCGAUGGAUCGCAUCGACCAUGCGCGGGGCCGCCUCGCAGUGCUCUCUUCCCACCUCCUCGGUGCUGGCAUGGAGGGCGCGGACCUUCUCUCCUCCCCCCUUCUGUGCGUGAGGUGUUGUACAUGUACAACGUUGGUGUCGUGCAGAAGAGGCCAACGCCGUCCUCGAGUGCCUCCGCCACCAGGUGCAUGCACUCCCGUCAUCCCGCUAAUCUCCGGUCUCUACAUGCAAGGUGGUGUCUGCAUCGAGCCGGGCUUCUUCGCCGUCCACCAGGACUUCGUCGUUUGUGGCGUCGCCCACUUCCUCGAUGUUGCCGGCAAGUUGGUAUUCGACGACCGCCUGCACGUCCUGCUCCGGAGGUCCGAGACUGGGCUAAUGGUCAACACGCCGAAGCUCAUGGCGCCCUACACCUCCCAGCCAGUGGCCGUGCCGGAGGACUGCCGCUCCAUGUUCAUCACCUUCUCCAAGGGAAAUGCCCUCCACCGCGAGGAUAUCGUCCAGUACUUCAGGCAUUUGUUUGUUGCAGCUUUGUCCCUGACCGAACUUGAAACCUAUCUAUCAGCCAUGAAAAAACAUGGUUCAGAUAGUGCAGCAGCUCUACUUGUGACUAGAUCGCUUGCCUAAUUUGUGGGGUUCACUAAUCUAAAAAAUGAACAUAAUUGCUUGGUUCGUCUCGAUGCUAAGGCUUGUUGAUUUGGUGGAUUCCCCCAUGUAGUUGUUAGUCUAGGUUCAUAACUGAAAUAGGAAUUUCACAAGCAGGUACUACAUUGUAAUUUUCUAAUGACCCUGUUGACUAUGUUUGGUCUCAUCUGGUUGUGCACUUGUGCUAGACUUGAAUAUUUCCAAAGUUUAACUCAGAGUACACAUAACAGUUGGGGUACCAUGUUAUCUUCAAAUGGCCAUCUUAUUUCUGGGAUCACUUUGUGAAUGUGUGUGGUUCUCAAAUCCCCUAGCGUGUGUCACCUCCAAUAUGAUUUCUCAAAUGCAACAUUUUGCUCCACAAAAAGAAAGUGCAUCAUUCUGCCAUCGAUGUCAUCUAUAUAUCUAACCAGUGCUUUUUUGGUACAUGGCACACACGAACAUGCUGGUGACCUUAAUCAGGCAGGCAAUGCACACUUCACUGAAGGAGAUAGCACAGUGUUCGAGCAGCGGGUGAACCGCCUGGAGGCCGACCCCCCCCCCCCCACCGUCAUGCUCUUCCACGCCAGCACCAGCACCAACAGCCUCCCAAUGCUCGAGAGCAGAAAGUGGAGCCAGAAGCAGCACCGGCGGCAGUUGAGUCUCAAGGAAGGCGUCCUGAGCACGUGAUCGUCCACCACCGACCACAAGAAACAAGCUUUCAUGGACUAGUAUACAACUUGACUCACUUCUAAGAAGCUCGUCUGCAAAACUAUGAUGCUGGAUUUUCGUAGUUCAUUUCAUUCACUCUUUUGUACAAUUGGCUAUCAUGGAUGUAAUGUCAUAGUACUGUAGAACAACAUGAUGGACUUGUACAAUAACUUAUUAUGUUAUGUAAACCUGGAAGAUGUAUUAUGUGGUGUUAUAUGAUGGAUGAUUUUAAUUCGA